ACAAAUUAACUGUCAGUUUCAGCCAUAAUCAGGUUUAUUCAGGUUGAUCGGAUCUUAUUUUCGGGGUAUCAGAGUAAUGGGGGUUGGAUACAAACAUAAACCACAUUUUCUGAUUUUAUUAGUAAAAAUGUCCUCCCGUUUGUUAAAGUUACUGAUUACACCAAAAAAAACACCUGCAGAGAAUGAGAAGCAAAUCGAUGCUCGAAAUCUGAUCACAUUGACUUUUUAACCACAAACUGAGGCAUCAACAACAAAUACAUUUUAUUUAUUAAUACCAGUCAAUUCGUAGCAUUUUCCUGAUUAAAUAAAUUACCAACUACAGUCAUUGGGUCUCAGGAUUAUUUUCUGAUCUCCAGGUGUCAAAAUGUUAUUUGAGAUCAUAUUUAUAGAGAUUUAGAGAAUUUAUCAGAUAAUUCACACCAUGCCUUCCUCCGGCAGUUUGACCUUAUUUCAGCCUUUUGUCUGUCACAAAGUUCGUCGUGUCCUUCAGACGCUCUGAAAGACGUAAAUCUGGUCUUGUGUGAAGCAACAACAACGGUAAAGGAGGAAACAAACGUCAGGCGGUCACCUUGUUGCCCCUACCUGUGGACAGGUGAGGGGAGGGACACAGAGCCGGCCCCCGGAUCACAGAUUACGCUCGGCUUUGUCUCGCUCCGUUCCUCAUUGUGCCAAAGUUCAGAUCUCACAACAAACGGAGAAAGAAGACACUGAACUUCAGCUCAGGGUCAGCUUUCACAUUUAUGAGGACGAGCUUUUCAGAGCUCUUUAAUCUGCAAUGCGCCAAUAGAACCUCUGCAGUUACAGCCAGUUCUUGUUGAAGCAAAGCAUCAUGGUCAACAGGAAGUCAGAGGUCCAGCGAAGGAUCGUGUCCAAAGACGGUCACAACAAUGUUCAGAUCGACAACGUGGAAGGAAUGGUCAAGCUCUACCUGCACGACAUCUGGACGACGGUGGUGGACAUGAAGUGGCGCUACAAGCUCACUCUGUUUGCCUCCACCUUCGUCAUGACCUGGUUCAUCUUUGGAGUCUUCUUUUUCUUCAUCGGCAUGGGGAACGGAGAUUUUGAUACUUGGCGCAAUUCUACCCACACACCCUGCGUGAUGCAAGUGGAAACUCUCACCGGAGCCUUCCUGUUCUCUCUGGAAUCGCAGACCACCAUAGGUUACGGUUUCCGGCACAUCACUGAAGAGUGUCCUCUGGCGAUCUUCACGCUGGUGGCUCAGCUCGUCACCACCGGUCUGGCUGAGAUCUUUGUCACCGGUGCCUUUCUGGCCAAACUGGCCCGACCCAAGAAGCGAGCAGAAACGAUAAAGUUCAGCCAGGUGGCUGUGAUCUGCAGGCACCAAGGCAAGCUGUGUCUGAUGGUGAGAGUGGCCAACAUGAGGAAGAGUCUGCUGAUUCAGUGCCAGCUCACCGGAAAACUGUUUAAGUCCAAUGUGACAGAAGAAGGAGAGAAGACGCAGAUCCACCAGAGCUCCGUAGAUUUCUACAUGGACACCAGUGGAGACUGUCCGUUCCUGAUCCUCCCGCUCACCUUCUAUCACAUUAUCGAUGAGAAGAGCCCAUUGGCAGGACUGACCCCAGAAACCCUGAGCAACCGAAACUUUGAGCUGCUCAUAACGCUCAACGGCACCAUGGAGUCGACCGCGGCCACGUGCCAGAGCCGCACCUCCUACGUCCCUCAGGAGAUCCUGUGGGGCUACGAGUUCACACAGGUGCUGUUCAGCUCCUCCAACUGCCGCUACGUUGUUGAUUUCAACUUUUUUGACAAAGUACAAGCGAGCAACGACCCCGCCUUCCCUGGCAGCAGAACAGGAAAGAAAUAACUGAAACAAGACUGAGAGGAAAUUGUGGAAGCUGUUAGUUUUACAGUGCUGUGAUCUUUCAUGUCAAAUGAAUUUUCUAUGUCCUGGUCAUAGUCUUACGUAAGAAAAGACAAAAUCAGUAAGAGGUUUCUUACUCUUAGUUUAUUUUGGUUUGAUCAGAGGUUUUAAUCUGUCAUAUCUUAGAGCAAAUGAGUAGAGGCAUAACAAAGGGAAACAAAGUUUUCAGAUAAGAAACUGAUACCCCAUAACUUGAGUAGAUGUGUAUAAAACUGUUUGUUUACAGUUAGUAAAUCAAUGCAAGAAAGGGAACUUAUACAAAAUGGAGGAAAUGAAGUGUUGAAGAGGCAAAUUGAGCCUGAGGUAGUUAUCACACCAACGCUGUUUUAGAACGUAAAAAUGACCUGAUUUGGCCUCUUGUCAAACCAAAUCUUUUAGCAGACUGUUUAUUUCUUCACUAAUCUGAAUACAAUAUAUCUUUUUCAAACUGUGAAUUCUGUCAUUUAAUUUUUUUUUUUGAACUGUAUGGCUGUUUGCCGAAAGCCAGGUGAUUUUUUUUUUUAAAUUAAAGCAUCAAAUAAUAUUUCUCUUCAUGGUGCAAACAAGUGUGAUCACCAGUAGGCCUUAGGCUGAGUUCAACUUGUAUUCAAUAGUCAGAAUUUCCUUGAUCCAAAUAGGAAAAAUCAAAGGGAAAACCUGCAAAGUUUGGAUUCCAACCUGGAAACCACAAAGUCCCUGAGUUCAAAUUCAAUAUGGCUGCCGUUCAAGUAAAACAAACAGAAAGAUGGAGAAAUAAAACACUUUUGUGCUUUUCUGAUUGGUUCUCCAUGAAACAGUGGCUGACAAAAAACAAAAUGUACUGCAUUUAUCUGUGGACACAUUGUUUUUGUAUUUGAACGCACAAAAUAGAGACAAAUAUGUUCUGAUUAGCUUGUAUUGCUAACCUGA